CCGACGUUUUGGCAUUUUUUGUGGACAUUUGAGUGUUGAAUGAACCAUUUGGUCAUUUAAAACAUUGCCGACGGCAUCAUCAUUGGUCACUGGACUAUCAUAUCGGACAUCGUUUCAUUGCCGAUACAAGACUAUUGCAAUAUUGUUUGUCUUUAAGUUAUACACAAAUAUUGAUUGUUUUGGUGAUAAUCAACAUAAUUGAAAGCAAUGGUAUAUAAGGAAGAAGUGUUCAAUUGGUUCAAAGAGCAAUCGGGUGCCAAACGGAUUGAACUGAUGUGCGGACUCAUGUCAAUGUGUAUUCCGCUUGAAAUCAGAUUCUUUGAGUCCAUAAUCAAAGAAUUGGCCAAAAAAGACUUAAACGCCUUACGAGAGGCCGAACAGAAGGCUAAUGCAUAUCAAGAGUUGGACAUCAUUUGCAAAUGCGAUCUUUUGGCCGACACUCACAUUAUUGUCGAUACUAAUGAUCUGAAAGCAAAUCCGGUUAACUCUGACCUGCAGACAAAUGCAAUGUCGGUGAAGAACACCAUAUCAGAGAUGGCCACACCUAAUGGUACUCAAAACGACUUAAUAAGUUCAGUACCUCCAGCAGCGCCUUCUCCUCCAAGCAGUUCUAGUAAUUUGUCACAACUGUCUUCAAGAUCGCGACUUAUUGUGUCGUUAUGUCUGUUAUCACCGACUAAUAGAAACUGUUCGACCAUUGCUUUCAAAGCUCUUCGGACUCAACUUACGGCUCAACAAAUCGGAUCAGCUGUCAGUCGCUAUUUAACAUAUAGAAAGAGUAUCUAUGAGUUAGAAGAUAUGUUUAGUGGAAUAUUAUUAUUGUUAACAAUGGCUCUUCACUCACCAGCCUUUAGUUAUGAACAGAGAGAUCUGUUAACCAAACAGAAAGAAGACGUCGUGCAGACCAUUGAAGCCUUUAGGCAAAGUCAUUACCGACAGAAUACUAAUUAUACGACAAAUCAAUACCCGAAUUAUGGCGCACAUCAGGCCAUACAUCCGGUUCACUCCACACACCUUCACACACACAUUGGUGGCCAUACGACACAAACUCACGCUCAAAGCACAGCGGGAGGACCGCCAACACACAGUCACACACAUAGUCACACUCAUCCCAAUAUUGGACACCAAAAUACACAGCAAUUUGCUUAUAUGGCUCAUCCAGUGGCCAACCUGUCAUAUACGGCACCUCCCAUACAAAAUCUGCGGAUUUCAAAUAUGACGGCACCGUCUGUGUCAACCACUUCUCCAACAAACUCUCCCGUUUCGAGUAAAUCUUCAAUUACUUCAGUAGCGGCCAUAUCUCCUUUACCGAUAAACGCCGAGUUUGUGGCGCAUACUAUAGUACCGGUUGAGUCUUUGCCAAAUCAAACUCCAUAUGUAAUAUCAACGAUACCACACCAGACAAUAAGCGAUGAGUUAUGUGCCAAAGCUAUCGUCUCGUGUUAUAAUUGUGGCGAAAUUGGUCACAGAGGGGAUGAAUGUACGCCUAAACAUCUCUCACAAACACCCGAAGAAACAAAUAGAUAAUAAUAUAUUAUUUUUUAGUUAUUUUAAA